UGCACUCCAACCCCAACACACACACACGCACACGCACACCAUCUCGGUCCACUUCUCCGGCUCUGCGGGAGGAAACUUCUCUUACUUUCUCAUUUUUUCCGCGAGAACAGCGGGCAUGCAUGAUCAGGAGAAGACGAAAAGCGCACGGAGGGAUGUGCUCCACAUUUGCAGAUGCACUUUAUAUUUAUUGCUUUUAUGCCUGGAACCGAAAAUUGCCCUCACAGCACAUGAGUCUGACUCCGACACGUUUGCCUUUUUCCAUGAGGGGGUGCGGGGCUGUUUGGCCGUACGAGACCAUGCGCUCUACCUGACAACAUCUUGUGAUGGUGAUGCUCAACUCUGGAAGUGGGUCACCCGGAAUCGCCUCUUUAACCUAGGCUCUUCUCUCUGCCUGGGUGUCAAGGUGGGAAAUGGGAGUGCCUCGAGUGCCUUGCCUCGACUCAGUGUGUACCGGUGUGACCGCGAACCCCCUCUGGUCCGGUGGUCUUGGAGCUGCAGCAAGUUUCUGGAUGACCUGAGCACCUAUUUGCCCAAUCCGAACCCACCCAGAGAUGACCGCAAUGUCUCCGCUGCUCGGGCCUCACCACUAGCUGCAAGCACGCGGUGGAAACUUUAUGGUGAUGAGCAGGACCUCUGUGCCAAAACAUACCGUGAAAUCUACACCAUCCAAGGAAACUCUCACGGACACCCGUGUUACCUGCCGUUUCUAUAUGAUGGUCACUGGUUCCACAGCUGCACCAGUGUGGGGAGAGAGGACGGCCAUCUGUGGUGCGCCACAACACACGACUAUGGCAAAGAUGAACGCUGGGGAUUCUGCCCUGUUAAGAGUGCAGACUGUGAGACAUUCUGGGACACAGACUCUCUGAUGGAUAACUGCUACCAGUUUAAUUUCCAGGCCACUCUUUCAUGGGAGGAGGCUCGCACCAGCUGCAAACAGCAGGGGGCAGAACUGCUGAGCGUCACCAAGGUGGAGGAGCAGAGCUACAUCAAUGGUUUCCUCACUGGUUACAGCUCCACUCUGUGGAUGGGUCUGAAUGAUCUGGAUCUCAACGGAGGCUGGCAGUGGUCUGACUCUGCUCCUCUCAAAUACCUCAACUGGGAGGCAGAUCAGCCAGACCAUGAGAGCGAUCAGAAUUGUGGUGUAAUCCGCACCGAGAGCUCAGGGCGCUGGCAGAACAGAGACUGCUCCAUGGCGCUGCCUUACAUCUGCAAGAAACGACCCAAUGCCACCCUUGACCCGUUCACCACAGAUUCCUGGACUGAUGAUGGAGGAUACCAGUGUGAUAUCGGCUGGCAGAACUUUCAGGCUGGCUGCUACAGGCUGAACUUAGAAAAGCUGGACUGGAAUUAUGCUGAGAAAAGCUGCCAGAAGAUGGACGCCCACUUAGUCAGCAUCCACACACUCCCGGAGCUGGAGUUUAUUAAUAUGCACAUGAAAAGAGAUGUAGAAGAGUUGUGGAUCGGACUGCACGAUACCUUGAUGCAGAUGAAUUUUGUGUGGACAGACCACACUCCUGUUACCUUCACCUUCUGGCACCCAUUUGAGCCCAACAACUUCCUGAACACGCAGGAGGACUGUGUCACCAUGUGGGGUCCUGAAGGCCGCUGGAAUGAUAACCCCUGCAAUUCCUCUUUACCUUCCAUCUGUAAAAAAGCAGCUCAGAAGACAGAUGGACCGACCCAAGACCACGGGUGCAGACAGGGAUGGAAGUGGCACAAUCCUGCCUGUUUCUGGGUUGGAGAGGAGUCUGUAACGUUCAACAAUGCUAGAAGAGUGUGUGCUAGCUACAAUGCAACAUUAGCUGUCAUCAACAACAGGUUCGAGCAGGCGUUUGUGAACAGCUUGGUGUUUGGCCGUUCAGAUGAUCGUUUCUGGCUGGGGCUGCAUAAUCAGAACAGCACUGGCCUUUUCCGCUGGCUCACUGGAGAGCAACUGACCUACACCAACUGGAACAGAGAUCAGCCAGCUCCGUUUAAAGGUGGAUGUGUAGCCAUGGCAACAGGCCAUGCUACAGGCCUGUGGGAGGUGAAGGAUUGUGCAAGUACACGCUCCAAGUACAUCUGCAGACAGGACAAGGGCUCUUCAUUUUCCCCAAGCCCCCCUCAGCCCCAGCCUACACCUCCUCUCACAGGGUCCUGCCCCCCUGAGUGGAAGAGUUCUAGCACUUUGCAUUACUGCUACAGGGUCUUUCAUGCAGGUGACCUAGAGAAGAAGCUCACAUGGAUCCAGGCUCAUAUGUAUUGUCAGAAGCACGGCGCUGAGCUAGUCAGCUUUGGCACCCCAGAAGAGGAGACCUUUGUGUUUCGGGUCCUCCACGAGACCUUUGGAGAGGAGGAGGAUCAUGAGCAACACUGGCUGUGGAUAGGGAUAUCUCGCCGAAUCAGUGACAGCUGGACAUGGAGUGAUGGAACAGCUGUGUCGUAUCAGAACUUUGGUAGGGGUCCGUAUAGCUCAGCACUGUGUGGAGCAGCUAAUGUGGCAGAUAUGAACUGGGUAAAGGCUGACUGCAAUUCUGAACUAGACUGGCUCUGUAAAAUACCAAAAGGGAAAACUGAGGUAGAGCCUGAGCCUGCUGAAGACUCUGGUCUGGACUGGGUUGAUUUCCAGGAAGCUCAGUAUAAGCUGUUUGAGCAUCGCACCACAUGGGGGCAGGCCCAGAGGAUCUGUUCCUGGUUCGGUGCCUCUCUUGUCUCCAUACAUUCUGCCAGCGAGAAACAGUUCCUGGCAAGCACUCUGCGCAAGAUGGCAAGGAUUGAUAGUGAUCUCUGGUGGAUUGGACUACACACGUUUGAGAACGAUGGACGUUUCCGGUGGUCUGAUCACUCUGUGCUCAAUUACGUGUCCUGGGGACUUGGCCAACCACGUCCCCUUACUAGAGAUCGCAAGUGUGCCCACAUAUCCGCAUCUAAAGGGGAAUGGGCAGAUAAAAAGUGUCAUUUAGAUAUGCCCUAUGUGUGUAAGAGAGUAAAUGUCACAGGCACACCUCCUCCCACUCCGGCUCCUCCGCUCAUCCCAGCAGGUUGUCCUGAUGGCUGGAGUCCAUUCCUGCACAAGUGUUAUAAGGUGUUUGGGAAAGAGGAGAUGACGCGUAAGACAUGGUCUGAUGCCCGAAUGGUGUGCCAAUCUCAAGGGGCAACACUGGCCACAGUGCCCACUCACAUUGAGCAAGCAUUCCUGGUGACUCUGCUGCCCAACACGAGUUUUCACCUGUGGUUGGGGCUUACCUCAGAUUCCCAGGGACACUUUAAGUGGGCAGAGCCUGGUCUACUUAGCUAUACAAACUGGGGCCCUGGGGAGCCAGUGAACAACAGUGGACAAAACAAAAAUCCAACUAAUUGUGUGGUGCUACUCCACAUCAGUCCUCACAGAACCACAGGAAUGUGGGCAUCUCGAGGAUGUGAAUCAGAGAAACAUGGCUACAUCUGCAUGAAAAACAAAGACACUGCUAUUCCCCCUGGUGUGGACCCUCUCCCCCCUGUUCCUGAAGGGCAACUGGAGUUUAAGGGCAAACAGUACCGUUUGUUACAGGCACGGUUAGACUGGGAAGGGGCUGUGCAUGUGUGUGAGUCUGUUAAUGGCAGUCUGGCCUCGGUACGAGACCCACAGCAGCAAGCGUACCUCACGCUCCUACUGAAUGCUCUCCGCAAACCUGCCUGGAUCGCUCUACACAGUGACGGGGGCCGUGGAUACAGAUGGCUGGGAGAGGAGGAAGUUACUUUCAGCAACUGGCGCGAUGGAGAGCCCAAUCUGAUGGCUGGGUGUGGUCACAUGACUACCAGUGGCCAAUGGACUAUGUCAUCCUGUAACAUAAAAUUGGAUGCAACUAUCUGUGAGCUGAAUACAGAGCGAGCAGAUCACAGAUGGAUGUAUCCGGGCCACUGCCGUCAGACAGUCGGAGACUGGGCCUGGAUUCCAUUCAAAAACUCCUGUUACGCCUUUAACCUGAACCAGCUGCGGCUACAGCACGAUGCCGAGCACACCUGCAAGAAAGUGGGAGCAGAGCUACUAUCAGUGCUGGAUGAGAACGAGAAUGGUUUUGUUUGGGAGCACAUUCAGAGCUACCAGGAGCAGGCUCAUGGCGCCUGGCUCGGAAUGACCUUCAAUCCCAAAGGAGGCAGUCUGCAGUGGCCGGACAGUUCGGUGGUGGAGUACACUAACUGGGAGCAGCAGGAUGGAAAUCUGAGCAUGCUCUCUGCUAACAGUUGCUUCUGGGUGCAGAGUAACACAGGCCUCUGGAAGCCAGGAUCCUGCAAGAACCGCACACAUGGAGUCAUCUGUAAACAGCCACGAGGACUGGGGGCUACUGUUGUAGCAGCUGAUGUAGAUCAUCUUCCUGCUUUGGUUCUGAUUCUGCUGGCUGUCCUGGUACUGAUUGCUCUGAUAGUGGGCGGAGUUUAUCUGUAUCGUAGGAGGAGCCCUGGCUCUUCCGGAUCGUACGAGGGCGCUCGUUACAGUCGCACCAACCUCACUCCGUCUGAAGAGGCUGAGAAAAAUAUCCUGGUGUCGGACAUGGAGCUAAACGAGCAAGGGGAAUAAUGAAGGAUGAUAGAUCUUUAUGAAUGACUCAGCAAACUGGCCUGCACACACGAGGACUAAUUGAACUGACUUUUGUUUUGUUUUGUUCUGAGGUUUGUUUUCUUUUUGUGGUGACAUUUAGAAAGCUGUGUGGAGCGCAGCAGAUGUCAAUCAAACACGAAGGUGGAACUCCACCCCUAUUUGAACUGUUGCGUCAUACCUGCACACCAACCAAUCAGAAUCCACCAGUUUAAAAGUCGCUGAUAUGUGGCUGAUAUGCAAAUAGUGGUCUUUUUUUGCUUCACGUUAACUCUUUUUGGAAAUUCAGUUUAUAACCAUAUAUAUGUUUCCUAGUUACCAUCCGGUCAUUCGUUUUUUUUUUUUUGUUUUUUUGUUGUUGUUGUUUUUUUGUUUUUUUUAGCAGUACAGAAAAGAAUACCCAGAAAAGAACAUACCGGCUCAGAUUUCCAGAUACAAAUGCACACACAACCGUUUCAGUCUGUACCAGUGUUAUACCAUAGCAGUAUUUUUGCAGACUGUGACUGUGACGUUGUUCUGUUUUUACUUUUAUUCAUCUUUUUGAUUACCUCCAACUAAAAGGAGAAUUAAUUUUUGAGUCCACAAAUCAUCAGCCUGUGGAAUUUUCCCCCCUUUUUAUCUCCCCUUUCAUGUCACUUCUCUCUCACCUCUUUGCUUUCUCGUUCUCUCUCUCCAGCUGAAUGCCGGGUGCUGUCUGGAUGUGAUAAUCAUAGUGAUUAGAGAUGAAAGGAAUUGAUAGCAUGUGGAGCGUUUGACAAUGCAGAGGCGAGACAGAGACACAGAGAGAACGCUGGGGGUAGAAAUGAGCUGUGUGGCUUAAAGAAUGAGAGUAAUUUAAAGGUCUUUUCAGCAUGGCUGGUGCUAGUUAAAGCUCGACUGUGCUGCUGAGAUUAGCUGGUGCUUGGAUCAAUUUGGUGUCUUUCCUUUUUUUUCCGAGUGCUGUUUAGUUAAUGAGCUCUUUUGAAAGUUUACAAAAACGAUGAGGAGUGUGGCACCAACUACUGCUACUAGCUUCUUUCCAGUCAUGAAAUAUUGAUUCAUAAAUUCAUAGAUUCAAGCAAUCUUUCUGGCCAGUCAUGUUUCUUGUUUUUUUUUUUCUUCUCUCCCUAACAUUCUUAAAAGUGUUCAGAUUCUGUAGAGUUGCAUUUUUCCUUUAUUUUUUUCUCUCUCUCCUUUUGGCGAAGGCGUGGGGAUGAAAAGGUGCUGCGGCCAACUGUGGAAUGUCGAGUCAGCAAGUGGAUCAGGUCUGGAACCAAUUUCAGCUUCUGAGGAACAAGAGAGACAGAGAGAGAGAGAGAGAGAGAGAGAGAUACUUGUCCUGAAGGGAAAGAAGGGGUAAAAGAACCCUUGCACAGGACUAGGAAGAUUUGUGCAAGUUCAGGCUGAACGGUCGCUGCAGCGCCUCUAGUGGGCAUUCUGUGUCAUUGCAGUAAGUGAAAUUCAAGAUUCUGUGCUUUAACAGAAAGACAGAUCUAUUAUGAGUAUUUCUUCUGUAUGUAUAUGUUAUGUAUACAGGUUAAAGCAAGAUACUGUGUACAGAUAAAGCUAAAUGAUAAAAUAUACAGCUCCAGCCAUGGUCUUGCUCACUGUCGGAUUUUGGUCGUAACGCAGUCAUCCUGAGUCAUACUACACUUUCAGAAUUUGAUAAAAGGCCAUUUCCUCAGCAGAGCAACUGCCACGUAGGCGAGUCUCAGUGAGUGUUUUUUUUUUUUUUAAGCCUCCCACUCCGUAAAACAUUUCAGCAUUUUGCAAUAAUCCUUUCCAAAAACACUCAUGCAAAAAUCUUCACCACUUUUCACCAAGGAUCAUAGCCUGUGUGAUCAGAUAUGGACAGAUUUUAUUUGCAAGACUAGUAAAAAAUUAAGUCGCUGAAAAAGAAUGAGUACAUUGUUUAUAUGGUUUCUGUCAUUUCAGCCACCUGUCUGUGGUUUUGUAAAUGUUUCUGGAUAAUCAAAAAUAUUGCAGUUUCAUCAGAAGUAAGAUGACUCAGGAAUCAGGAGACUCAGAGUCAGUGUGACUGUGUUUUGUUUGUUGUGCACAAAGACAGCCUGCGCAAUCCGUAGUCUAAUCAUGUGCUGAAAUAGUCGACUUUUAAAAGUGCAAAGGACGCACUCAAGACCAUAUAAAUAAUGUUCAAGGCUAAAAAAUCCCUUCCUUUUCAUUACUUCAAUGAUCCAUUCAAGUAAACAAAGUUUCUUACCAAGUUACCACUGACCAGAUGUUUAUCCAUCUACGUAUCCCUCAAUAAGGACAGGAUUUACUCAUCUAUCUACGUGUGAGCCAUCAUAUCAAAUGCAGGUAUUAGGGCUAACUGUAGUGAACAUACCUGUAGUUUGAUGAUUAAAAAAAAAACUAAAACACUGUAGAAUUUCACAGCCAUAUUACCAGCAAUUUAACAAUAAUAGACAUGUAGUCUGAGGACAAAAUGGCAGCAGCAAGAUGGCAGUGUCUGUUUCAAGGUUAUGAAACAAUUCAUUAUUACAGGAUCAAAUUAAACAUAUCUGAUUAUGUUGUGACCAAAAAAAAGGCACAAAUUUCUGUAGCUGAUGUUAGCAAAUAAACCCAUACUGCCUAUGCAAUUACGCUAGAAAACAUGUUGUGACAGUAGGAAUGGUUAAUAUUUUAUUUCUGUCACUGAAUUUGGCUUUAUUUCAGGAUAUAAUUUUAUGUUUUUCCACAUCAACAUGAAUUGAUUAGCUAGCCAUCACUGCUACUCUGUUACUACUAAUACAGGGGACUCCUCAUGACUAAAACAUCCAACCUGAAAUACUAAAUUAUGACAGUCUCAAACCCUUCAAGACAAAAUAAACUAUAUAUACACACUCUGCUAUAAAUGAAACCUGGUCAGAAAGUGCUGAUUCAUUUUCUAUAACAGCAGCCGUGACAGCAGAUUCAGUUGUAAUGCAAAUUACAGCAUUAAAUUAAUUCAAAAACAUUAUCAUUUCUAUAGUAACAGCUUAUUCAGUGACUUGAGUGCUGAUUGCUCUACUGAACAUAAGGCUAAGUAGCUAAAUAUAACAAAUAAAAACAACUUCUAUAGUUGUUUUCUACCACCUGUAGGGCAGACAGCCAACCAAUAAUAUUAUAUUAUAUUAUAUUAUAUUAUAUUAUAUUAUAUUAUAUUAUAUUAUAUUAUAUUAUAUUAUAUUAUAUUAUAUUAUAUUAUAUUAUAUUAUAUUAUAUUAUAUUAUAUUAUUAUAUAAUACAUGGAUGAAAUUGGUUGAACUUUUAUAAAAGUGUCAGGGAUUUGUAACAGUAAGUUUUCCACCAUGGGAAAGUCUUCAGGACAGAGGAUUAUGUGCUUUUUGGUUUCUCAGUAACACAAGCUGCAUGUUUUGUCUUCAUGGAAGAGAAAAAAGAAAAGCUAGUGAAGGAACAGCUCUUCAAGGCUGCUAUAAUGUAAGUGACAUAUGAUGUUCAAAAAUAAAUGAAAUAUAACUAUAUACAGUUAAAACAAAUGUAAAAAAAAAAAAAAAAGUAAUCAUUGCACAUGUCUGUGGUAUAAGAGAAAUGAAACGCAUGCUGUUUUAAGAAAAUAAUCCCCUUUCGCAAAAGCCACACCUGAGCGUAUGAAAGGGAAGAUCAGUUAAUUAAACAGGUGGAAUCAGGUGUGGCUCCUGGACAUCCCUGACUUAUGAGAUGGCUGACCCUGUUGCGAUCCAUUGCUUUAAUCAUUUGCUCAAGAAACAAAAAUGUGACAGGAAUAAUCACAGAGCAAUACUUAUGGCUCAAUACUCCAUGUGCAAACUGGCUGUAAUAUCACACACGACAGAAUGACGUUGACAGACGAGUUGAGGUUAUGACACAGUUACUGAAUGUCAUCUACUGUUAUGACCUUGCAGUAGAUAAUAAAAAAUGAAAAAUGUGUAAUGUGAUUCUGAUUGUGGAAAUGAGAUGCGGGGUUGUUUUUUUUUUCUUCUUUCUUUCUUUUUGUCAGAAGCAGUAAAUGAAUUGACUUGAUUCUUUGUCAGAACAGUUUUCUCAUUUUCCAAUAUGCACCUGUUGUCUACUUGUUUUGAACCAUUUUGUUUGUUUGUUUCAUACGAAAUGAAUAAAGUAUAUGUUGGCUAUG